UUCCCGCGCAUUCACUCUUGCAGUGUGCUUAUGUAGUUGUCUUUAUCGCAAACGUUUGUCGUAAAAUGGGGGACAGUUUGACUGAAGAGGAAAUUCUGAGGCUGCUGGAAGAAUCUGGAUCUGAAAUUGACGAUGAUGGAUUUCAAACUGAAAAUAGUUCUUCUGAAAUAGAUGGUAACAACGAGUGGUCCGAAAAUGAAAAUGAGCCAUCAGACGUAUUAGAAGAGUGUGAAGCUCCCAUUCAAAAAGGCAGAGGCAGAAUACAACAACAGCAGUCCCAAAACAACGUUGUUGAAUGGGUAAAUGACGAUGUCCUACAACAAUUCCCGCUCUUUGAAGGCGUAAGUAAUGUCCUGGCACCUUUGAGCGCCGAAAGCACUGAAUUUGACUGUUGGAGCGUCUUUAUUGACGCAAAUGUCAUCAAAAAUAUAAAGACAGAAACAAACCGCUACGCUGCAGCAACAAUUUCCAAAUUGCGGAUGCAAAAUAAAAUAACUUCCAGGUCGCUUUGGGCCAAUUGGUCUGCUGUGAAGCUACAUGAGAUGUAUCAGUUUUUUGCUAUAAUUAUUCACAUGUGCCUUGUACACAAACCAAAUAUUACGGACUAUUGGAGCAAUGACCUAAUGCUAGAUUCCUCCUUACCUGCAAAAAUCAUGAAAAGAGACAGAUUUAGGUCAAUUUACUUUAUGCUUCACGUAAAUAACAACGACAAUUAUGUACGAAGGGGUCAACCAAACCAUGAUCCUAUACACAAAAUCUGA